GCUAGUUCGUAGCUCGGUAUUUCUGCGUCCCUCUUUUAUUAUUUACACUCCUCUCGGGGACGUGAGACAAGCCAGUCACCAGGGGAUUUUUAUUCUCUUUUCGGUUACGUUAAAGCCCCCCUCAGCUGUAUGUAAUCACCUCUCGGGUAGCCGCGGUGCUGCGCCGUCGUCUCUCGCCUCCCCCGCCGACAGCCGCCUGCUUUUGGGGCGACCCCUAAACCCUCCCCGCGGCCGAAGCCGCGCCGGGGCCCGCAGGCCCUCGCUGCCCACCCUCCCGCGAGGGGACCAGCCGGGCGGCGCGGAGGCGAGCACCGCCGGCUUGACGGCCCUCCCGGCUGCUGUCGUGGGGCGUUAUCCCCCCGCGGGGAGCCCCGCCGCCGUCGGGCGGGGAGCGCCAAAGGCCGGGGCCGGGGCGGGGGGCGCGGCGGCCGGCGGCGCCCUGAGCGAGGCCCGCGGUCGGCGUGGGCCGCAGCUGGGCUGAGGCGGCGCGAGGGGGCCGCGGCGGGAGCCGCCCGGAGCGGCGGCGCCGCCAUUGGGGACCUCUGCCGCUUCGGCGGGCCGGGGCUCGGCUGGAGGAGGGCGCGCCCGCGCACCACCAAAGGCUAAGUCUUGAAAACAUGAUUCCUGCAACUGUUCACACUGUCCUGAGUGCUCUAUAUUUAUGCUGCCACAGAAAGAACUGGUUACACUCGGAGGAGAAACACAAGAAACACUAAGGACUGAAAUGCGUUUGCGGCUAAAGUAUCGUCAUCAUGAAUAGGUAUACAACCAUCAGACAGCUUGGUGAUGGGACCUAUGGCUCUGUCCUCCUAGGGAGAAGCAUUGAAUCUGGAGAGCUAAUAGCCAUUAAAAAAAUGAAGAGAAAGUUUUAUUCCUGGGAGGAGUGCAUGAACCUUCGAGAGGUUAAGUCUUUGAAGAAAUUAAACCAUGCCAAUGUAGUAAAGCUGAAAGAAGUUAUCAGAGAAAAUGAUCAUCUGUAUUUUGUGUUUGAAUACAUGAAGGAAAAUCUUUACCAGUUAAUGAAAGAAAGAAACAAACUGUUUCCAGAGUCUACAGUUAGGAAUAUUAUGUAUCAGAUCCUGCAAGGCCUUGCAUUUAUUCAUAAGCAUGGGUUCUUUCACAGAGACUUGAAACCUGAAAAUCUCCUUUGCAUGGGACCAGAACUUGUGAAAAUAGCAGACUUUGGCUUAGCCCGAGAAAUCCGAUCUAGACCUCCUUAUACCGAUUAUGUAUCCACGAGAUGGUACAGGGCUCCUGAAGUCCUUCUGCGAUCCACCAGCUAUAGCUCUCCAAUAGAUAUUUGGGCUGUUGGUUGUAUAAUGGCAGAAGUUUACACACUGAGGCCUCUCUUCCCAGGCGCCAGUGAAAUUGAUACUAUAUUCAAAAUUUGCCAAGUCUUGGGGACACCAAAGAAGAAUGACUGGCCUGAAGGCUACCAGCUUUCAGCCUCCAUGAAUUUUCGCUGGCCUCAGUGUGUACCUAACAACCUAAAAACUCUCAUACCUAAUGCUAGCAGUGAAGCGGUGCAGCUCAUGAGAGACAUGCUGCAGUGGGACCCCAAAAAGCGGCCAACAGCUAGUCAGGCACUUCGAUAUCCGUACUUCCAGGUUGGGCAUGCUCUGGGCAUUCAGGAACUGGGGAAACAAAAGGAACUGCAUAAUAAAUCAUCUCUGCAUAUUAAACCUGUCCCCCCAGCACAGCCGCCUCUGAAACCUCACACUCGCAUUUCAUCAAGGCCUUUUCAACAAAGCCAGUCUUCUCAGCUCCUGGUAUACCCGUAUAGGACAGACAACUCUGGGGCUGAGCACAGUAACUACUUACAGGAGGACAAGUCUAACCAGGUUCUUCUGCCUGCAAUUCACAAUAAGGUUCCUCAGCAGAAAACAUCUGCUGGGACUGAGAAUAUAAAUGGUGAACUUAAACCAAAAACUAGGCGAAGAUGGGGACAUCUUGCUAGAACAGUGAAGAGUUCUGAAGACUGGGAUGACUUGGAAGACCUUGAUUUCAGCUCUUCCAUCACCAGGGUGGACUUGAAAAACAAGAAGAGGCAGAGUGAUGAAACUCUUUGUAGAUUUGAAAGCAUUUUGGACCUGAAGCCUGUGGAUGCUGUAGGCUCUGGCAGCAGUGCACCUUCCCAUGUGACCUUUCCACGGCAGGACACUCCCACCUUGCGAGUUUCUGCAGCAAAGCAACACUACUUGAGACAUUCUAGGUAUCUGCCUGGAAUAAGCACAAGGAAUACCAUAGUCUCCACUUCAAACAAAGAGUCUGUUCUGUCUAAUCCCUGGCCUAGUUCUGGUUUGCCUGGGAAAGCAUCUGGUUUGGGAGGAAGUAUUAACAGGAUGAAUUCAGGGCCCUUAGGAUCAAGUGGUCUAACUAGUGGUUAUGUCCCUUCAUUUCUGAAGAAGGAAGUAGGCUCUGCUGGGCAGAGGGUUCAGUUGGCACCAGUUGUGGAUCCAUCUUCUAAUUAUUCUUCUCUGAAGUCAGUAAGACCGCAUCUUGGGCGGCCAUCGUUCAACUCGCCUACAAAAAGCACACCAAGGUUAAUGCCUCUCCCCCCACCAGCUCAGCCAAUCCAUGGGCGUGUUGACUGGUCUGCAAAGUAUGGUGCUCACCGGUGACGUGUGGAAAUACUCUCUGAACCAGUGCGUGUUUCCCGUUAAAUGGUUGUUAACAUGAGACAAUUUGAUACUGAUUUAUAUACCUGUAAAUUUGAAAGAAACAGAUCUUCUAUGAAUGAGUCAUUUUGAAGGGUUUUUUACUUUUAUUUGUAUUAAUUUGAAUGCAGUCUUGUACCUUUUUGUAUAAAUUGUUUUGUUAUAUAAUUGGGUCCGGUUAUUUUCAUAAAUCUGAUACAUUUUGUAUAUAUGGCUUAGGGGGUUUGGCAUUUUUAUAUGAUAAAUUUUUAUAAUGAACUUUUUAAAAAUUGAACUUUUCCUUUAUUAGAAUCAAUUUUUUUAUAAAAGUGGGUAAAAAAAAGCAAAGUGGUGCAAUAUUGCAGUGGAAGAGAAGUACUGAGGAAGGGGCAUUCAUUAGACAUUUUCUGAAGUUUAUGUGCUAAAUAAGGCUGUAUAAUUUCAGCGAAGCCACAUCUUGAUGCCAUGCUUCUGUUGUCCUGUGCUCAUUUGCUUUGUACUGACAUCAAAGGAAUGAGUGACUAACAGUCUAAACUCUCAUUUGCACUCAGAGACUGCUGAAGGUCGGGGGGGUGCUUCUUAUUUUUCAUUUAUUUGGCCUUUAAAGGAGUUUUUGGACUGCUUCCAGCGUUCCAGCUCCAUUCUUGGGCUUUAACCAAAUUUGGGGAAUCUCCUUGUUCGGUGAAGGGUGAAAACCCUUCUGUAGAUCUGUGUUCUGACACAGCGCUCUUUUGUCCUGCUUCAGAGUUGCUUCUUGGCAUUGUUCACUUUGAAAUAGAAUGUGGACCUACCUCUGUUAAAUUCAUUUAAAUGUUCUGAUGAUUUAUAAGGAGAAAAAUCAGAUUGUUUCUUCUUUUUUUCUUGUUGGGAAUAUAAGAUCUGAAGACAUAUUUAAGACAGUAUUAACAAUUAUAAAGCUGGUUUCAGAGUAACAAAGUAUUAGUGAUAUACCAGCAGCAGAGUUUAAGGAAACAAUAUCUAUGCAGCCGACUUAAUUUUCACAACUGCUUUAAAUCACUUGUGGGGAAAAAAAAAUCCAAAGGAAAUUAGUCAGUUUAAGAUAGUUCUUCUCUUCAAUACAUCUUCACUUACAAUGUGAAGAGUAUGUCAGCUUCUGUAAAUUAGUCCUCCAGGCUCUACUGCAAAAAAUGGAACCUUACCUGGUCCUGCUAAAAAACAUUCUAAAAUUGUAGUUGAUUUCACAGAAACUGAUACAGCUGUUUAAAGAGCAGUUUAACUCAGUUUAUGAGAGAAAAUUAUUUAUCAGGUUAUAGGGAAGAGAAAAUCGCUGCAUUGCCUGGUUUAAUGCUGCUCUGGAAAGGAAUGCCAGAGUCCAGCCGUCAGCAAAAGAUUAGUUUAGAUCACAGCCAGAAUUUGGAUGUUCCUGCACAUCCUUCCACAGAAGAAAGAACAGUUCUGUGGGAGAACACCUUUUAUAGUUGUGUUUUGGAACAGCACCACCAAAGCUAAAGUGUGCGUAAAAAUGCAUCUUCCUGCAGAAGCGUACAGAAAUGUUCACCUGUCUGAGCUCAUUUUAUGAACAGAUCGGGCAAAUUGUAUAUUUGUCAGACUUAAACCUAGUCUAAAGGGAUCCGAACAGGUAUGGUUCUCAGCAUCCAGCCAUUUGAAAGGAGCUGAAUGACAGUGUGUUAGUGAGACCCUCUCCGUGGGAUCUGCCGGUACCCCACAAGGGGCAGCCACUGUGGACUGGAGACUGGUAAUGCACGCUGGCCUUUUCAGUACUCCUGUAGAGAACCUGUGGGACUUGGAGGAAACUGUACCCUAGAGUAGGCUGCUGGCUCAGUGCUACGGGGGGAACCAUGAGGAGCACCGCUCACUGUUUGCUAUUAUGGGCUCGGUCCACAGUGAGACAGACAGUACGAGUCAAAAAGGGAGCAAAAGGGUCUAUGCAUUAAAAAAAAGUACGCAUGUAAGACUUACAUAUGCCAAGGAUGUGUUAUGUGUCGAGCUACUCCGUUAUUUGUUCAUAGCGAGUAGACUCCAAACCAUACCUAACUGCUUCCAAAGCAGUGAUGCCAAUGCAUAGCAGUAAAUUAAAGCAGCCAUUUGAUUUCUAUGGCACACACUGAUGGUGCCUUUGGGUAAAUGGAAAGGGAAACAUGUAAAUUUGUGUUAGAACUGGAAAGAAAGUUGCUUCUCUUGGUGGAAAUAAAUAUCUGUAUUUAUGUCUAGAUAUCAUUUAAUUUAUUUUAUCACUGAAUAAUUUGUCUCAAGAGGGGAACACCCUGAACCUGUCCUAAGUUUUCCUAGACCUAAGUAGGCAAUUUAACUGUUGCAUACACUGAAUUUCUACUACUGGAAGCAGGAGAUGAACAAGUCACAAGAACAGGCUGCUGAGGCUUGUAUUCAUCCUACCUAGCUGCAGGCACCUAAGCAUCAGCUCCUUUGUUGUGAGCUAACUCUUUAAACCAGUGGUGAGUGAGAACCAUCUCAAGAGAAAUUUGGUUCACCUGAGAACUUAGUAACCCUCUUGAGAUGCCUGGAUCUCUGCACUAAGGAUGGGGGCUACUCCAUGUGUUAAAAGUGAUACAGGAUGAAUCUGAGCCUGGCCUGUAAUCUCUGAACCUUUAUCAACCCUGCAGAGAUUUUCUUGACAAUAGCAUUCAGGGUUUGAUCGGUCCAGCAAACAGGCUGGAAAAAGUAGUAGUGCUUUUUUUAUUUUGGCUUACCUCCUCCUCUCCCAAAUUAAAGCCUUUAUUUUGGAAAAAAAGGCUGCUAAUCUUGAUAUUCAGAAUCACUUCUGCUAGGUUUAACUUGGUGGGACAGAAAAUUAGCAAAGUAUAAUGGCAGCACUUGUAGCCUUUAAUCAAGAAAAUUCAUAAUGAAGUUGGAAAAAAUUAUUUUCGAGUAAGGUCUGAGUUGACUGAGCUAUGUAUUUUACUGUGCUGUCUGUGUGUGCAAUAUAGAUAUGGAAAAGAUGUAGGUCUCAUACUGAAAUCUGGACAAGCAGCGCUAUCUGAGAAUUUAUCCUAUGUAACCUGCUACUUUGUGCUUUAAUAUUUAGCAGCAUCUUUAUGCAAAAUGUUUUUAGAAUCCUACUGUUUACAUUUUCUCAGGCUUAUGCAUAAUGUGUAAUAAUGACUGUUGGAAGUAAAGGAGCCUGGCAGUGGACUCAUUCAGCUCUGUAAUCCAGAUUUUUGUAAAAGAAUUGUGUAAGUGCCAUGAUGUUAGAAAAAAAAACCAACCCCCCCGCAAAAAAAACCCCAAACCAAGCCAGAAAACCCACUUCUAUGUUGAUGUGAGUAGGUUGCCAUAAUGUGAGGAGGAAAACAAAUACUAAAAGAACAUUUUUGUACAUAUGUGGAAGGAGAGGGUGGAAUUGUCAGAGUUGAGUAAAGAAAUAAUGGCUUUUGUUUAUUCAGUGGUUUUGUUCGAAUAUGUAUAAAUGUUUGGUUUCGUUCCUUCUCUGUCACGUCUCCUGCCCAGAAUAAAGUUACUCUUGAAGAAA